AUGCUGCCAUUUCUCGAGCUGAAUGACAAAUCCACCUUGAGCCAAGCCGAUCUGGCCCUUCUUGCGGCGAAUGGAUGUCUAAGUAUACCCGACAAGAGCUUGACCGACGACUUCCUGAGGCAGUAUUUCUUAUACGUUCAUCCAUCCACCAUUGUGGUUGAUGAGGCGGAAUUCUGGAGAGCGUAUGAGAACAGUCAAAAGGGCCAUGCAUGCAAAAUUCCCCUGCUUUUGUUUCAGGCGAUACUGUUUGCUAGUGCUCCGUAUGUCGACGUGUCAACCCUUCAAAAAUGCGGAUUCAAGGACCGGCGCCACGCAUUGUGCACACUAUACCAUCGAACAAAGCUUCUUUUUGAAAUCAAAACAGAAGAUCGGCCCCGCUACCUGUCUUCCGCUGCCGUCCUCCUCACAUUCUACACUCCUCCUACGAAUGCUCACGCCGCAAACUCGUGGCUCGACCGUGCAAUUCAACUUGGAAAGCUAGCAGAAACACAUCCAAAGACUUGCAAGGAAAGUGUAAAACAACCUAAUCCGCAGCCAACUUGGAAAAAACGACUAUGGUGGUCCAUUUUAAUUCGCGAUAGAAGUCUCUGUCUCGGCCUGCGUCGAAAACCUCUCAUGACGUCCAAGGAAUUAAAGUUUGUCAGCAGUCCUAUUGAAGACGAGGAGCUCAUGCGGGAAAUCUGCGAAUCCCGCGUUUACGACAGGCCAACGAAGCAUGUCUUGGCAGGCAUAUUCCGCGAGCAAUGCCAACUGGGCUUGCUGCUGACCGCCAUGGUCUCGCUGGGCGCCGCGCCAAACAAGAAAUCUUGCUCCUCUGCGUCCCAAGACGAGAUCGACGCCAUAUUCUCCACCAUAUCCUUGACCAAGAAAGCGCUGGCUGACUGGAUGGCGUUUUCUCGUCUUCCCGCACGAUUAGCAGAGGAUCCUCCCGUCCCCGUCAGGCGAAACAUCAAGAUCACCUUGAUGUACUACCAUGCUGCGUGCAUAGAUAUUGCUCAUUACGAGUCUAUGCUUCUCGAAGGGUAUUGCAACUUUGACCGACCCAUAUAUCAUGAGCGAUUUCGGAAUGUGGGCAAAAUGUUGCACAAUUCGAUGGCCGAGUUGAUUCAAAUUAUGGAGGGAUUCAGCCAAGAGGAGAAACAUCAUGGCUUUCCCAUCUCCUUGCUUGCUUUUGUUGAAAUGCCACUCAUCAUUGCCGCAAUCGACCUGAAACUCUCCCCAUCAACUUUGGAGAUGGAAACUCGACGACGACGCUGGCAAGCUUUGGGGAGGCUUCACUCUGCUUGUGGGAGGGCAUACGAUGUAGCCGAUGUCAUGAGCUCAUGUACGAACCAAUUACUCCGCCUGGCGUAUGAUUUUACACGCCAGAUAUUUCUGGGCAAUGGUCAUGGGCCGGACGAUGCGGCGGUGCGUCGGAAUGACCGUCGAUCUGGAUCAAGUCGAGCACAAAACUGGGGUGACGCAUUCGUGCUGUUUCCACGCGCAUACCUGAUGAUAUCCGCCUCAGUCGACUACUAUCUCUGCGAGGGAGAACUGCCUUCUUCAAGCUGCCUGCCCGAGUUUGUGCAAAGCUCCUUGCCUUUAGGCGUUGCCGUGGUUUUUGAAAUCGACCUCCCAUGGUCUCCGAAUGACUCGGACCAAGACCCAAGCCGGGCACGUUUGCAAGAGAGUAUCCCGGCGCAAGACUAUGCACCUUUGUUGGUUCGGGGGACUACUGUCUAUGCUCGGCAACUGGGUCAGAUGACUGAGUAUCAGGAGGCUGCACGAUCGGAUACAACCGUCUUUUCGACAGUGGAAUGCGCAGUCAGGAAUCACAAUGAGACUGGCAUUAAUCUUAAUUACUUUGACAUGACUGCUAUGUCAGAGACAACACGACCUCAAACAGAAAACCAGAAAUCGGAUGACUCCCAAAACCAGAUAUUCUCAGGGACACUAAACGGCGUUGCUACGCCUGGUUAUGAAACAGAAUUAUGGCCACUUUUUCAGCUUAUUACGCCAUAG